AUGGUGGACUCCAAGUCCGAGGCGACCGUGCGGUAUGGGGGCUCGGACAUGGAACGUGCCUCGUCGCUCGGCUCCAUGCAAAAAGAAAACAGCUUCCACCACCCGCGCCCGCUCCGUGAGGUGGUCGAGACCGCGAUGGCCGAGCGCUCCUUUUCCAAAAAGAGCGUCGCGGUGAUGCCCGACACGCCAGUCAAACCCUCCUUUGCUAUUUCAGAUGCCGCAUCCGCUGCACGCGUGCACCGCCGCGGCCGGUCCAUGGGCGGCCCGUUUCCGACGCGCUCGCCGCUGUUUCCCACGCCGCCCCGCUCGACCUACUUCAAUGCACCGGGCACCGAGGCGCCGCGCACUCGCACCGUGCACUCGCCCACGCUGGGCAUGGGCUUUCCCCGCUCCGAAGGGCCGCGCCGGCACAACCGCUCGGCCUCGGAACGCGUCCCAGCCGCAAGCGGGCUGCUCGGCCACUUGCUCGAAGAGCCGCGCCCAGCGAUCGACCCGAAUGACGUGUUCGAGGCGCCAGAGUCGCCGCUGCGCAACGCGCCCCCGUCCGAGAACGAGUACAAUCUGCCGAGCCUCAAGCGUGAGCAGCCCGUCCGCCGCGCACGUACCGGCCACCACACGGGCGCCUUUCCGCUCCCCCGCGCCGUCCCUAUGGACGAGGUGCCCGACACGCCUAUGACCGAGGUGCCGACGCCUGCGCCUGCAUCGGUCGCGGUCGCAACGCCGUCGGACGUGAUGAACUCGCCGAACAACUGCUUUGCAUCGCCGCUCAUGGCGCGUGCACCGAGUGCGCGUCCUGCGCCGCUCGCCGACUCGCCGUGGAUGAACACGCCGAUGACGCGCGACGCGAAUCCCCCGGUGCUCAACACCGGCUCGCUAUACGGCUCGGAGGCGAGCCCGUCGCUAGCGCUCGGCGAGCUAUCGCCGGAGGAACAGACACCGAUCACGCCGACGCGCAAGCCGCCGCACCUCAAGUGGUUUGAAGCUGCGCAUGCGCAUUCGCCCUCGCAAGCCUAUGGCGGCACAGCCGCGCGCAAGCACAAGGUGCAGCGCCCCCGGCACUCGGAGCCGGUCGACCAGUGGCAGACGCCGCCCGCGGUCAAGGUCAGUGCCGUGGCGCAGAGCGAGCCGGCUCAUGCGCGGCACCGGCAGUCGACGCAAAGCAUAUUUGAGGACCAGUUUGUGACCGAGUCCACGCUCGGCCAGGGCGAGUUUAGCGAGGUGGUAAAGGUGCGCGAAAAGUCUACCGGGCACGUCUCUGCCGUGAAGCGCAUGAAGCGCGCGUUCCUCGGGCCAAAAGACCGCAUCCGCCGCCUAGAGGAAGUGGAUGUGCUUUGUCUCUUGAGGCAAAACCGCAGCACAUGGCACGACCCCUUCUUUGGCGCGGAAGGCGUCGUGGAUCUGCUGAGUGCAUGGGAAGAGGACGGGUUCCUCUAUCUCCAGACGGAGCUGUGCCCCCUCGGCUCGCUCGCGUUUGUCCUCGCCGAGUACGGCCGUCAGGUGGGCGCACUCGACGAGGCGCGCCUCUGGAAAGUCCUGGCGGAGCUCGCCGCGGGCGUCGAUUACAUCCACAGGUGCGGCGUGCUGCACCUCGAUUUGAAGCCCGCCAAUAUCCUCAUCACGGAAAUCGGCAGCCUGAAGAUUACCGACUUUGGCAUGGCAACGCGCUGGCCUCGAUGCACCGCCAAAGAGAUUGUCGCAGGCGCCCAUCUCGAAACCCGCAAGUUUAUGCCGCGCGACGGCGAGAGCGCGAGCGAUCUGUCGUUCACGCCUCCGUCCUCGCCCCUGCACCAGGCGCCGGCGCCGUGGGGCCUCCCGGCGCAGGCGGGACAGGGCACGUUUGCGUUUAGUGCGCCGCAGAGCUCGUGGGGCGACGCGCCCGAGCGGCCGCGCCGCCGCGGCAUGCGGCAGCACCGCAAAGGCUCGCAGGUCCUCUCGCUCGAGCGCGAAGGCGACCGAGAGUACAUUGCUCCGGAGGUGAUCUUUGAGUCCAAGUACGGUAAGCCUGCCGAUCUCUUUUCGCUGGGCUUGAUCUUGCUCGAGGCUGCGUGCAGUGUCGAGAUCCCGGACAAUGGCGAGCCGUGGCACAAGCUACGGUGCGACGACUUCUCCGACGUGCAGCUUGAUAUGCUGAGCCCCGCGAUGCAGAGCGUGAUUACCGCGCUCCUGUCUUCGCAGCCCUACUUACGCCCGACCGCAGACGACCUGAUGCAGCUCCCGACGCUCGCUGUGGUGCGCGACCGAAUGCGCCGUGGCCUCAAAGCGAACGAGCUCGACCAGCUCCCGGCGUUCAGCGCCGAAACAGAGAAUGGCGCGCCGUACCCCCUUCCCGCCUCCAAGUACUAUGCCCCCCCUGCCUCGCAUGACCUUGAUAGCGAGCGCAUGGUCGUCCGUUUCCGCGGCGCAAUGAUUCAGGAGGACGAAAUCGCGUUUAUGACCGAGGUCCUCCGCGCCGCCGACCACGCCGACCACGCCUCGCCGGAUACCUCUACAUCGCUCAUGACCGAGGACGCUUUUGAGGAGCCCCAGACUGUCGAUACGUUCCUGUCCCCCAGCGCGGUAUGGACAUAG